GGCUAGAAUGGUUUUUUAACUGAGAAUAGAUUUCCUGGGAACCAGCAAGGCCAGCCAUGAGCUGCUUAUAGAAAGCCACAGCGUGGAAUCCGGAGACUCCAGAGGGCGAUGCAAACCGGUGCAGCCCAUCCCCACACACUCCCAGUUCGAUUCAGAACCUCUGGCUGAAAUAUGAUGAUGUUUUUGUUUCUUCCUCUCCAGGGUGCCAUUCGGAUAUUUAUGGGGAUUGUUGUUCUCACUAUGAAGGCAUCUGUUAUUGAAAUGUUCCUGGUUUUUCUGGUGACUGGAAUACAUUCAAAUAAAGAAAUUACAAAGAAGAUUAAAAGGCCCAAGUUCGCUGUGCCUCAGAUCAACUGUGAUGUCAAAGCGGGAAAGAUCAUCAAUCCUGAGUUCAUGGUGCAAUGUCCAGCAGGAUGCCAAGACCCCAAAUACCAUGUGUACGGCACUGACGUGUACGCAUCCUACUCCAGCGUGUGUGGCGCUGCGGUCCACAGUGGUGUGCUUGAUAAUUCAGGAGGGAAAAUACUUGUUCGGAAAGUUGCUGGACAGUCUGGUUAUAAAGGGAGUUAUUCCAAUGGUGUCCAGUCAUUAUCUCUACCACGAUGGAGAGAGUCCUUCAUUGUCUCAGAAGGUAAACCCAAAAAGGGUGUAACCUACCCAGCGGCUCUUACAUAUUCAUCAUCUAAAAGCCCAGCUGCCAAGGCAGGUGAGACAACAAAAGCCUAUCAGAAGCCAUCAGUUCCAGAGACAGCCACAAUGCCAGUCACCCUGACGCAGGUGCCGACGACCACUGCAGCCAAGGCCACCCACACCUUCUUGCCAAAGGCAUCCCCAUCUGCAGCCUCAACCACCGGCAGCCCCAGACCACAGCCCAUUUUCCACAGGAGCCAGGAGCCGGGUCAGUAA